AUGCCCAAGUACGAAAGCUUUCGGAGAUACUGUGAAGAAAAGCAGCUAUGGUCCGAGUACCGUUUCAAGUCCCACGUCUUCUUGCCCUGGCUUCAUAAUCUGCUGGUGAAGAACGAACGACUCCAGGAGAUGUCAAGGGAGCUCCUGUGCACAGAUCACACCGUCAUAUGGUCCACCGACUGGUGUGUGAAGCCGCGGUCCUCGCCGCAGCACUUUACCUGGCACCAGGACUCCACGUACAGCAAGUUCGGCCUUAACGGCUGUACUCUCUGGCUGGCUUUCUCCCAUGUAAAGGCAUCCAGUGGCCCCAUCUUGUAUCGGAGGUUUUCCCAGAGAAUGGGUCAGCUGAAGCACGUGGAGGAUGCCAGUGACUCCUCGAACUUGUUGGCUUUUGGCCAGUACAUACCAGAAGACGAACCCACGCCGCUGAUCCUAGGCUGCCUUGAUGAAAUGUAG